AUGCAAACCCCCUGGGCCCAUCACUUUUUCUCUGACAAUCAUAUUGACAUUAACCAUAUUAUCAAUCAUCGAAUCACCAACCCCAUCCUCUACUACUUCCCUCUUCUUGGAUCCCACCGACAUUCUCCACACUUUCCCUUCAGUCUUCAGCAUCGCCGGCGUGGUUGUGUUAGAGAGCGCCGUCCGUUGCUGUUGCCGAGAGCUUCUCCUCUUCCCUGCUCUGCCUUUGUUCAGUUCGACCCCUGCACGUGCGUCUGUCUUGGUUGCUGUCCGUUCUUCCUCUUUCUCCUCCGCCAGUCAUCUCACUGUCGUCGACAGGUGCAACGGCUCUGUUUCCCUUGCUGGUGUGAAGUUCCACUCUGCAGCAAGGAGUUUAGAAAAAGUCACGAUCUCUUCCUCCCUGUUUUUGCGUUACAGUCGAUCUAUCCUCCUCCCUACCGUUGCAUCGUUGCUGUGCUCGUGAGUGUGACAAGAUUCUUCAUCCUCCUCCCCUGUUCUCCCUUGUUCGUGCGUCGGCCCCUUUUGCCUGGUCAUGCUUUGAGACAUUCAAACCUCUCCUUCUCCUCUGUUCUUGCCAAGGUGCGUUACAGACUUUUCUCUUCCUUUGAUGUUGUGCCGUGCUGUACUGGUGCAGUAGAAGGAGUUUUGACUUCUUUCCUUUAUUUCUUCUAUGCUCUUAGGGUGCGUAUUGUUCCAUUUUCUUUCCUCUACCUUGGAAGACCUGUGUAUGUGAGUGGGUGUAGGGAGUAUGAAAUUUCUGAAAUUUUUCUUCCUAGUUCCGUGGUUCUUCAUGAAUGUAAGGAGGUGAGGAUUUAGUCAGGCUAAAUAUUCAUGUUUUUAAGAGCACAUUUUUAAUAGGUGGUUUGACUUGAAAAAUCUGAUUACUAUAAGAGAGAAAUGAGUUGAUUUUCUUCAAGCUUGAAUCAAUUUUUCUUGGAGAUAGAGAUUGAUUUUAUUUUAGGAAUAAAACUCAGGAAGUUGAAUGAUUUUAAUAAUUAAAUUGGAGAAUUUUUGAAAAGGAAAUUUAA